AUGGAGCAGCUAUUAUUUCUUGUAAUUUUCUACUUGCUUCCUACUCUCGUCUCGUCCAUACAUAAUUCAACGACCGGAGGAUGUGCAAUCAUUCGUCCCCCCAGAGACGGAGGGAUACGCUACAGAGGACUGACUCAGGAACAGAUCCGCAGUGUGCAGAUCUUACCGGUAGACUAUGAGAUAGAAUAUAUCUGCAGAGGAAGCCGAAUUAUUGUGGGACCCAAAGUUCGAAAGUGCCUUCCUGAUGGCACUUGGACUGAUAUUAACCAACUCAGCAGAUGCUUGAUGGUGUGCCCACGCUCCUGGAUGUCUCUGGAGAACGGGAGGGUGUCGCUGCAGCCGCCUGGACCACCAGUAGAGGGCACAGUCCUUCAUUACAGCUGCCAUGCUGGAUUCCUACUGGAGGGUUUCAAUAUCUCACACUGUACCAAGCUGGGCAAAUGGGACUCACCGAAACCGCUCUGUGUCUAUGACAGCAACUACACAGCCUCUUUGUGGAAUUCAAGUUCAAAAGUAUACAGGUCAAAUUUGUUAUUGAUGGCAUCCAAUGCGAGGAUCAGGAGCUUGGGGAGAGUUUGGAGAAGCUUGGCUCUCCUUUACGCACUGCUUAUCUUCCUCUCCUGGCCGUGUGCGUUUGCAGGCAAGAAAAAGCUGUACAUCGGAGCUCUGUUUCCCAUGAGUGGAGGAUGGCCCGGUGGUCAAGCGUGUCUCCCCGCAGCACAGAUGGCGUUAGAUCUCGUGAACAACCGGAACGACAUUCUGCCGGACUACGAGCUGGAGCUCAUUCAUUACGACAGCAUGUGUGAUCCUGGAGAGGCCACUAAACUGCUGUAUGACCUGCUGUACACAGAACCCAUAAAGAUUGUCCUGAUGCCGGGCUGUAGUUCAGUGUCGACGCUGGUGGCCGAAGCAGCACGAAUGUGGAACCUUAUAGUGUUCUCAUACGGAUCCAGUUCUCCAGCGUUAUCCAACCGCCAGCGAUUUCCAACUUUCUUCCGUACGCACCCGUCAGCGACUUUGCAUAAUCCCACACGUGUGCGGCUCUUCCAGAAGUGGGAAUGGACAAAGAUUGCCACUAUCCAGCAGACCACUGAAGUCUUUACCUCGACUCUGGAUGAUCUGGAGGAGCGUGUGAAGGAGGCCAACAUCGAGAUAAGCGUCAGACAGAGCUUCCUCACCGAUCCCGCAGUGGCUGUCAAAAACCUGAAGCGUCAAGAUGCUCGAAUCAUUGUCGGCUUAUUUUACGAAACUGAAGCCAGGAAGGUGUUUUGCGAGGUCUUCAAAGAGAAACUGUAUGGUAAGAAGUACGUAUGGUUCCUCAUCGGCUGGUACGCCGACAACUGGUUUAAGAUCAAAGAUCCGGCCAUCAACUGCACAGUGGAGAACAUGACAGAAGCUGUGGAGGGACACAUCACCACUGAAAUCGUCAUGCUAAACCCUGAGACCGUUCGCGGGGCUUCCAACCUGACCUCACAAGAGUUCAUUGCUCAGCUGAUGUCUCGUCUCGGCGGCAAAAACCCAGAAGAGACUGGCGGCUUUCAGGAAGCUCCUCUGGCGUAUGAUGCCGUCUGGGCUCUGGCUCUGGCCCUCAAUAAAACCGUGGCCCCGCUGAGGGCCAAAGGCUGGGGCUUGGAAGACUUCAACUACAACAACAAGGAAAUUACUGCCGAGAUAUACAGAGCCCUCAACACCAGCUCGUUUGAAGGAGUGUCUGGUCAUGUCGUAUUUGAUGCUCAAGGUUCACGUAUGGCCUGGACUCUCAUCGAGCAACUCCAAGGUGGCAGCUAUAAGAAGAUUGGCUACUAUGACAGCACAAAAGGCAACCUGUCCUGGUACGGAAACGACAAAUGGAUCGGCCUCAGUCCACCAGCGGACCAGACCAAGGUGAUAAAGGAGUUCAGGUAUCUCUCCCAGAAGCUCUUUGUGUCCGUGUCUGUGUUUGCUGGACUCGGGAUCCUGCUGGGCAUCGUUUGCCUCUCAUUCAAUAUUUACAACAGCAGCAUCAGGUACAUCCAGAACUCUCAGCCGUAUCUGAACAACAUGACGGCGGUGGGUUGUGUUCUGGCUCUGGCCGCAGUCUUUCCUCUGGGCAUCGAUGGCCUCCACGUCCGUAGAUCCCAGUUCCCUGUGGUUUGCCAGUUUCGGCUGUGGCUGCUGGGACUGGGCUUCAGUUUGGCCUAUGGCAGCAUGUUCACCAAGAUCUGGUGGGUUCAUACUGUUUUCACCAAGAAAGAUGAGAAGAAGGAGAAAAGGAAGCACUUGGAGCCGUGGAAGCUGUACGCCACCGUCGCCGUUCUGCUGGCUAUUGAUGUUCUCUCUCUGCUUAUCUGGCAGAUCGUGGACCCGCUGCACAUAACCGUGGAGCAGUUCACUAAAGAGGCUCCUAAAGAAGAUCUGGAUGUGUUGAUUCAGCCGCUUCUCGAGCACUGCAGUUCAAAGAAGAUGAACACGUGGCUUGGUGUGGUUUACGGCUACAAGGGGCUUCUGCUGCUACUGGGCAUCUUUCUGGCCUAUGAGACCAAGUCCAUUUCCACAGAGAAGAUUAAUGACCACAGAGCGGUCGGCAUGGCCAUUUACAACGUAGCUGUGCUGUGUAUGAUCACUGCUCCGGUGACCAUGAUCCUCUCCUCUCAGCAGGACGCUUCAUUCGCCUUCGCUUCUCUGGCCAUCAUCUUCUCUGUCUACAUCACUCUCGUUGUCCUCUUUGUGCCAAAGAUCCGCCGUUUGAUCACUCGCGGUGAGUGGCAGUCAGAGCAGCAGGACACACUGAAGACCGGCUCAUCCACCAACAACAACGACGAGGAGAAAUCCAGACAGCUGGAGAGAGAAAACCGAGAGCUGCAGAAGAUCAUUCAAGAGAAGGAAGAAAGAGUGACGGAGCUGAGGAGUCAGCUUGCCGAGCGUCAAGCUUUGCGCUCUCGCAGACGUCCAUCUGUCCAGAACCAAAACCAGAACCACAGUGUCCCAUCCUCUCAGGCCGACCCGCCCAGCUACUGUCCCACAACAGACAAACAGAGCCUGCCUCCUUCCUUCUCCAACUCCUCCAACCUGUACCAGGGCGAGAGCAAACUGAGCCGCAACAACUGCCACAACAGCCGCCUGCCGCUGCUCUACAAAUGAGGACGCCGCAAUGUAGAGCUCACUGUCUGAAAACCGGUACUUCACCUACUUUAUGUUCACGUGUAUGGGGUUUUUUUGGGCUCCGAUUUUGGAUUCCUCACAUUCCUGAUACUGACUUCCUCUUUGUUCACCUCUUAUCUCAUUAAAACAAGUCAUUUAAAACUCUUUCGGCAACAUUUUCUAAGGUUUGAGGUCAUUAAGAUUUUUAAUAUUUUAAAAGAGGCUUGCUAAAGGGGCCGUUCACACAGAACACGUUUUAUUUUUUAUUCCAGUGUGCUACUUUUUUAUUGCUUUUCUAUGUAAUCUCCCUUGAUGGAUAUGCGUGACUUUUUCAGAGCUUCACACAUAAGUGCUGCGUGUUUAAGAUACUUUUUAAACUUUUUUUUUUUGCCCCUCAUCAAUGUCAGUUCCAAAGCAGUGGACCAAUCAGAAGAACUCGGAAGCGGGACAAUGUUAGAUUUAGCUGUAUUUAGCUUUAUCGUUCUUGGGUGGCUCGCCAAUGUAUUCAAUGACUCUAAGGCCCCAUUUACACAGCCAGUUAAAUGUGACCCAAUUAUGAUUUUUUGCUCAUAUGUUACACAGAUCGGAUCUGAUCCAUGACUGUGUAAACAUGAAAAAACCGCAUGCAUUUGGAUUUUUAGAGAUCGUUUUCAGGCCUCCUUCAUAUGUAGAAAUAAAUCAGAUAUAACUGUGACAAUGUGACUAUCAUGUAAACCGGCAGAUCGGAUUUAUUGAGGCAUUUCCAUUUUGUACUUCAUUAAACUUGCGACAAUGUGGUACUUCUCCGCAGUUUAAUGACGUAGAAGGAAAAGCGUGUGUGCUCAUUCUAAAAUUUCAGACCUACAGCUCUUCAUUAAAGCCCGCCAUAAUUUGCUCCCACAAGACCUGAGAUCUCUCUCAUACCCACAAAUUCCUCUGAAUGGUGGAAGACAUAAUAUAUAAACCAUAGAUGCAAGCUGCGAUGAUGGCC